CGGCUUUUUGUUUGUAACCUGUAAACAAAUGAAACUCAACUGUCAAGCCGUACGUGGAUGGAGCCGUGUAAUCUCCAAUUCAUAAAAGCAAAUUUACAUUGAAAUACUGCAAAAAAUGAACUGUGAUACAUAGUUUCUGUAUAUUAAUGUUCGCGUGCAGAGGCGAGUCGAAACGUUUUGUUGUUACACGCAAAUGAAUCAGAACCAGAAAAGAGAUGACAAGAAGAAGGACGGACAUAAGCAUCAACAGAAAAAGAGCUCGGAAAAAAAUAUGUCCGAAAUAGACGAGCACAUAUUAAAGAGAUUCGAAAUUAAAAAGAGAUUGGGCAAAGGGGCCUACGGGAUUGUUUGGAAGGCUGUCGACAAGAAAACCAAAGACGUGGUCGCAAUAAAAAAGAUAUUUGACGCGUUCAGAAACCAGACCGACGCUCAGAGGACGUUCCGGGAGAUUAUAUUCUUGCAAUCGUUCAGAAAUCACCCGAACAUUGUUAAACUACACAGCAUACAUAGAGCUCUGAACAACAACGACAUAUAUCUGGGAUUCGAAUACAUGGAAACGGACCUGCAUAACGUCAUCAAACGCGGCAACAUACUGAAAGACAUCCACAAACGGUACAUAAUGUAUCAAAUGCUUAAAGCGACGAAGUACAUACACUCUGGGAACGUGAUACAUCGCGAUCAAAAGCCCAGUAACGUGUUAAUAGACAGCGCUUGUAGAGUGAAGUUGGCAGAUUUCGGUCUGGCUCGCUCAGUCUCUAGUGUGUACUCUGGCGGAGAAGAUGGCGCAGAUCCUUGUCUGACUGAUUACGUCGCCACGCGCUGGUACCGAGCCCCGGAGAUACUUAUAGCUAGCAAGAAUUACACAAAAGGAAUCGACAUGUGGUCCCUUGGUUGUAUCCUGGCUGAGAUGCUGGUUGGGGAGCCUCUGUUUCCCGGGACAUCGACCGUCAAUCAAAUUGAGAGGAUCAUGGCGACACUCCCGAGGCCAUCGAACGAAGACAUAACAGCCGUAUGCAGUGGCUACGGAUCGGCUUUGAUACGAGAACAGGCGUCACAUAACGGUGGAGGCGGUUCGUUGGCCACGAGACUGGCGUGCACCCCUCGCGACGCUUCCGACCUGGUCCAGAAGCUGCUGGUCUUCAAUCCUGCGAAGAGGCUAAGCGCUGAAUUAGCUCUCAAUCACGAAUACGUCUCCAAGUUUCAUCGCGAAAGAGAUGAGCCCACCCUUCCGUCAGACGUGCUACUGCCCUUGAGAGACGACAAACAGAUGUCCGUGGACGACUACAGGAACAAACUGUACAGCAUAAUGGCCAAGAGUUCGAGCAGCAAUGGACACGCCAAGAAGCAUUUUUCGGGGAACAAAACCUACCCUCAACCGUCAACGAUGAAAGGCAGCAAGAGCGUUCAAGAGGCGGAAUUUUCUAGAACGAGUACGAAAACUAAGCUGAGCGCGUCAGCCGAACAGUCUAGAACGAAAUCGAAGCCGGAGCGAUCUCUCAAAGAGUUCAGAUCCGAGCAAACCGUCACUAAGCCCCUGAAGGCGUUAAGGCCGUACGAGAAUCGAAGCUUCUGGAACGAGCCCAACUGCCAAGGCGAUUAUUUCCAGACUCUGCCGCGUCAGAGCCCCUCGGAGACCAGGGUCGUCGAGGCCAAGAGCACGCAGCAGCGCAGGAAUUCGACCUCGUUUUCGACCGUGACGAUAGGCGACGCCGAUUAUUGCGUCAGCAGACACAAGCACGGCGUCAUCACGGCCAGCGCUCUCAUGGACCUGAGGAGUAGCAUACGUUGAGCAUGAACAUAUUAUUAUUUUAUUAUUAUUUUAGUGUUCUCCGCAGCGAUCACCGGUCAUCAUCAUCAUCAUCUUGGUUCGUUUUCGUGACUGUUAUAACACUUUAAAAUUUCGAUUUGAUUUUGCUACUUCAAAAUCAGGUUGGUGUUCUUCAAUAGUUUAUUUUCUUAUAUAUAUAUAUAUAUAUUUCUUCUGUAUGUCGGUUUGUCACUGAACUCCUCCUAAACGGCUGGACCGAUUUGAACGAUUUUUUUGUAUGCGUUUGGGUAGCCUGGAUGGUCUAGAUCAGGGGAUCGAUAACGCGGCGCCCGCGAUUGAUUUUUAAUGCGCCCUCGCUGGACUAAUGUAAAUGUAUGAUAGCCAGAGCGAUUUACUUACUCUUGUCAAACGGUGAUAUACAGCAAGUACUCAGUUGAGUUUAGGAUUGUGCAUAGAUUAGCAGUUUGCUAACCUUGAGCGUAUCUAACAAAAAAUACGUGCGUGUGCACGUAUUUUUUGUUAGUGUGUGAUCGUAUUUCGAAUAGACCACGCGUAGACCGUGCAUUUAAAACUACCAAGUAAUCCGAAAUAAUUAUUUUCUUUCAAUACCGAACAAAGCUUAAUGACUCACAUUUAGAUAAUUGUUUAAGGACCGGGAACUCUAAAUAUAUCCCCAGUUAUAAGAAAUUAGCUGAAAAUAUGGACACCCAAGUUUCACACUGAAUUAUAUGUAUCAUUAUGUAUAACACCAACAAAAUAAAGUUAUAAAAAAACUGUUUUUUUUUUCAAUGCCUAUUUAUACCUGUUAUCUGUAAAAUAUGCGCCCUCGGUGGUUUUCAAAUUUAGUAUUGCGCCCUUAAGGAUAAACAGGUCGCCGACCCCUGGUCUAGAUUCAGAAAUCAGCCCGGCAGAUGGCGCUGCAGUCAGUAUCUAGAUUAUUUAUCUUUCCUGGAAAUAAAUUAUAUGGCAACACAACGUUUGCCUUGUCAUCUAGUUUUAUAUUUUUCCAUGAAGUUUUAUUGUGUUUAAUUUGAUUUGUGAUUAUAGCGAAUAAGUAUAUAUCGACGCCUGAAAGGCAAACGUGACUAAGCGACAAUAACUGCUUUGUACAUAAAUGAUAGGCAAUAACAAUAUUCGAUGCGCAAAAAAUAUAUAUUUCUAGGUCUAUUAAAAUCAUUUCAAUCCUACAGCUACUAGAUAGAUUCUACUACAGCUAGAUCCGUUAAGAUAAAUUUUGUUUUCAGGUAUUUCAACUUUAAAUUAGUCUACUGUAAAGUUCACGCAUUGUCGCUUAGUCACGUUUGCCUUUCAAGCGUCGAUAUAUAGUCAAAACAACAAUAUGAGAUGUUCUUGUUUGUGUGAGUGAGACGGUGACGUCAAUGAUUAAAGCACGUGUAGUUUAUACACUGGCACACAUUUAAAUUGUCUUGUAGAUUAAAUAAAAUGUCUUGAUUACUUUAAAAUAACAUUUUUGUUUUCAUAUUUAGAACUUUAGUCUUUGAACGUGUACUGGGAUUUGAAUCUCUUUAUAAUUUAUACUUAUUUUGUAUAUGGCAAUGAAUCGUAUUUCUAUUUGCGUAAUUUUCUUUCUAGUCUAUAAAAGGUGUGAUUUGUUUUUUUUUUUUUUUUAAACAUUGGUAAAAUGUUGCAAUUGUUUUUACGGUCUUUCGAUGAAUUGGUGCCUCAUAUCGCAAUUUAGAGUUGAAGUGGCUUAUGUAAAAAGUUUAAAGAAAAUGAGUUUUAUUGCUUUGAGAUACUUAUAAUGUAAUCUAUCGGUUUAGUUAAAUUUUAGUUAGAAAACAACAAAGUACACUUUCGUUCUCUUUUAUAAUUUAAAGCGCAUAAUUUAAACUUUGUAUUAUUAUCUUAAGGUAUGCGCCAAUUGAAGAAUUACAAUUUUUCAAUCACAUUUUUGGCUUCUACCAAAAAACAAGAAUUUUGGAUUAAGCCAUUUCAAUUCUAAAGGCGUGAUAUGCACAGUCAAUUAGAAAUAUGUAAAUAUUAUCUAUGGUGCACACAAUUGAAAGGAUCACGAAUAAUAUCAUGAAAUCUGUCCUUAGUCUUGUAUAUUAAAAUAUUAAAACUGAAUAAACAAAAUACAUUGGCAAAACACUGCCAAUUUAUGAAAAGGUAAUAACUUAUUAUUAAAUUAGAUCUAAAUUAGAUCGAUAGGUACAUAUUUUGAGAAUAUUGAUACGCGCGCACAAUAUCCUUCGAUGUUUGAUGAAUUUUACAGAUAUACAGAUCUAUACUAGUUUAAUAAAAUGUAUAGAAUUUCACGUGGUCUUGUGCGUCCACGUUUGCCUAAAGUAGUUUUCUUUGAAACUGUGUUUAUUUUCCACUGUAAGCAUCGAGAAACAUGAUUUAAACGCAUGUGUGUGUUACCAUAUGUCACAAUGACGUAUGUCAGGGUGACAGCUGUCAAAUUUAUUUGGUCUAUGGUGUGCCUUAGUUUUAUUCAAUUGUUUUUUACUGACAAAUACACUGAAAGUUUUAUACGUUAACUUGAAAUUUAAUCGAAUUACUAAUACAAUAAUAGUACUAAAAACAGUUGCUCACGUAUUUUAGAUUUAAAACAAAUUAUAUAAUAACGUAAUGGAGGUUAAAAAUUUAUACUAGUUUUUUUUUUCAAUUUGUACCUAGCUAUUUAGGUUAUAUAGAUAAAUAUAGAAAUUGCUCACGGA